AUGCAGCCCAGUCUCUCCUUCACCUCGCACCGGUCAGCUGUUGUUUGUUUACAUGGCUGUGUGACAUCAAGUCAACCCUUGGCAUCAAACAUCGGUCUGGGUGAGUGGCUCUGGUCCAAGGCUUUAGCGCCUUCUGACUUCGAUGUUUGUAGGCUAUGUCACUUUUCUUCACUUUAUGCUUGAAAUUACUCUCCAAUCCGAGACCAGACCCUGGCUGGACCUGACAUAUUCAGAUACCAUCUUGACUUGCUCCCCUCACAGACAUCCUGAAGAGAGUAGGGAAUGCUGCUGAUGCUGCUGUGGCUGUUGCCCUGGCCGUGACAGAACCCUGCAGCAGUGGGAUCGGUGGGGACAGCUUCUGUCUGUUCUAUGAAACAAGCACUGGACAGGUGUGCGGCCUGAACGGCAGGUGAGGGAGUGGCACUGCACUGGCACAACUUGGCACAUCAACUUCAAGAACUUUCAUCACCAGGGCUGGGAUGGCGCAAAAGCCUGCAAACCCAGUAGCUCAUGUUUUGUCAUAUUUCAUUGUGUAGUUUUUAACCACACACUUUACAGCCAGAUAAAAACCUACAGUGAGGGAAAAAAGUAUUUGAUCCCCUGCUGAUUUUGUACGUUUGCCCACUGACAAAGAAAUGAUCAGUCUAUAAUGUUAAUGCUAGGUUUAUUUGAACAGUGAGAGACAGAAUAACAACAAAAAAAUCCAGAAAAACACAUGUCAAAAAUGUUAUAAAUUGAUUUGCAUUUUAAUGAGGAAAAUAACUAUUUGACCCCCUCUCAAUCAGAAAGAUUUCUGUCUCCCAGGUGUCUUUUAUACAGGUAACGAGCUGAGAUUAGGAGCACACUCUUAAAGGGAGUGCUCCUAAUCUCAGCUUGUUACCUGUAUAAAAGACACCUGUCCACAGGAGCAAUCAAUCAAUCAGAUUCCAAACUCUCCACCAUGGCCAAGACCAAAGAGCUCUCCAAGGAUGUCAGGGACAAGAUUGUAGACCUACACAAGGCUGGAAUGGGCUACAAGACCAUCGCCAAGCAGCUUGGUGAGAAGGUGACAACAGUUGGUGCGAUUAUUCGCAAAUGGAAGAAACACAAAAGAACUGUCAAUCUCCCUCGGCCUGGGGCUCCAUUCAAGAUCUCACCUCGUUGAGUUGCAAUGAUCAUGACAACGGUGAGGAAUCAGCCCAGAACUACGCGGGAGGAUCUUGUCAAUGAUCUCAAGGCAGCUGGGACCAUGGUCACCAAGAAAACAAUUGGCAACACACUACGCCGUGAAGGACUGAAAUCCUGCAGCGCCCGCAAGGUCCCCCUGCUCAAGAAAGCACAUAUACAGGCCCGUCUGAAGUUUGCCAAUGAACAUCUGAAUGAUUCAGAGGAGAACUGGGUGAAAGUGUUGUGGUCAGAUGAGACCAAAAUUGAGCUCUUUGGCAUCAACUCAACUCGCCGUGUUUGGAGGAGGAGGUAUGCUGCCUAUGACCCCAAGAACACCAUCCCCACCGUCAAACAUGGAGGUGGAAACAUUAUGCUUUGGGGGUGUUUUUCUGCUAAGGGGACAGGACAACUUCACCGCAUCAAAGGGACGAUGGACGGGGCCAAGUACCUCCUUCCCUCAGCUAGGGCAUUGAAAAUAGGGUUGUGGAUGGGUAUUCCGGCAUGACAAUGACCCAUAACACACAGCCAAGGCAACAAAGGAGUGGCUCAAGAAGAAGCACAUUAAGGUCCUGGAGUGGCCUAGCCAGUCUCCAGACCUUAAUCCCAUAGAAAAUCUGUGGAGGGAGCUGAAGGUUCGAGUUGCCAAACGUCAGAUUCGAAACCUUAAUGACUUGGAGAAGAUCUGCAAAGAGUGGGACAAAAUCCCUCCUGAGAUGUGUGCAAACCUGGUGGCCAACUACAAGAAACGUCUGACCUCUGUGAUUGCCAACAAGGGUUUUGCCACCAAGUACUAAGUCAUGUUUUGCAGAGGGGUCAAAUACUUAUUUCCCUCAUUAAAAUGCAAAUCAAUUUAUAACAUUGCGUUUUUCUGGAGUUUUUUGUUGUUAUUCUGUCUCUCACUGUUCAAAUAAACCUACCAUUAAAAUUAUAGACUGAUCAUUUCUUUGUCAGUGGGCAAACGUACAAAAUCAGUAGGUGAUCAAAUACUUUUUUCCCUCACUGUAUGUGGUAGGCUAACAGUCAUCCUUUUCAUCAAAGGGUUAUUUUAUCAUGAAGGGUUAGGCUGGUAAUAUGAUCUAAUAUAUUCUCAAUGUUUUUGUUGGAAAAUAGCCAGUGAUAUGUAUCGUACAGUGAGACUCAUGGAUCCUAUUUUGACAAUGGCAGUUUCAUGAAAUCAGUAUUAUGAAUACUAUGCAGUAUAAAAGGAGACCCAUUCUGACCUUUAAAAGCAGUAGAUAAAUUCCUUUGCAUGUUUUAUGUGUUAUGACUAACCUUCCUUGAUUUACACGCACCGUUGGUUUUGUAAACCCACUGUACAUCAAACAGAAAAAUACUCCAACAAUCAAUUACUCAGUGAAUAAUGCCUUUCCCUCUGUUUCUUUAUGAGUGUGUAUGACACAGUGCCCACACACACACUACAACUGAAGACACAAUACUUGGUAAUAACCAAGUAAUGUGUCUUCAGUUGUGGUGUGUGUGUGGGCACUGUGUUGACUCAGGAAUAACCAGUGUUAUUCAUCUUGGCGUUGUGUUUUAUCGAGCCAUUGUUGUGUUAGGCUUCCUAUUUAACCCCAAUGUGUUGCACUUGACCUGUGAAGGCUGCUGUGAAGAACCACAGAGGAAUGUUUGCUUGGCUGACUACACCGGACUGGUUGCUUACUGACUGGCUGGCAGCCUUGAACUUAUUUGACCAUCCAGUUCUGGAUAAGUGAACUUGAGCUAAUCACUGGCCUAUUUGGGUGUGUUGGUAGCCAGUGUGGCUUGCCUGCCUUAGGAAUUUUAGGUCUCAGUCAUACUAAAGUAUGUGUGUGUGUGUUACUAACUAGACCAACACAUUUUAGUUCUGUUGACCCCUGUUUGACUGUGUGUGUGUGAUUGUGUGUGUGUGUCCUGUUCCAGUGGCCGGGCCCCAAGAGCACAGACAGUGGAUCUCCUGGAGAGGCAUGGCUACAGUGAGUCUAACCCUAUCCCAUCCUUCCACGCCCUGAACGCCACCCUGCCAGGGGCCACGGCCUGCUGGUGUUACACUGUCCCCCUGUUUGGCAGUCAGACGGUAAAGUAUGAUGUAUGGUUAUCUUAUUAUAGCUCCAGAUGGACUAUAACGUUUUAUUCUUUAGUAUUUUAUAGAAUUUCUACUCUGUUCUAUUUCUAUUCUAACAUCAACAAACGUCUCCUUUCUAUCCACUUGUUUUUUUGUAGCUUAUCCAUGGCAACAACUGAACGAAUCCUAACUCUCGCUUUCUCUUCCUGUGGAGUGAUAGCACUCUGAGUGCGUCCGUCCUUCAAUAAGCAUUAAAAACAUGCCCCCCAGUCCCACACACUGUCCUCUUGUUAUUUUUAGAUCUAAUUUGUUGCCCUGUAUUUGGCCUGGGUCCAGCGGUUCCUUCUCUAGCAGGCAGUUCUACUAUGUUUCCAUGGCUUCCUCAGAGGAGCUGUUGCUUUGUUGAUCUGUAUAGUACAGUGUAAAAAAUGAAAAAAUAUUGUGUUAAGAUAUUGAAUCACUAUUACAUGUUUCAGGGAAAAUGUAAAGUUCUUUAUUUAAAAGUUAUGCAAAUGAAGAGUUUAUUUCCAAAAUGCUAUAUCCACCAAUUCUUCACAUUUAUUUUUCAUCAGAAAUGAUUGCUUAUGGGUACCUUCAUGUGUGUGUAAAAAUAUUACUCUUCUCAGAUUUUUUAUUCAUAGAUUUUAGAUGUGUAUGAAUUUCUUUAUAUUUUUUGGGCAAAACACUAUACCCUGAGUAUACCACAACCCCUAUAUGAGUAUAGAGUAGUCCUUAGAUCAUGGAAGAAUACUAUAUCUCAGAGCUUGUCUUCAUCCUGUGAGUGGUCAGUGGGGAGGUUGAGUGUGUGAGUUUCUGGUUGACACUAAGUGUGUCCCGUAAGGGGUCGACCAGACCUCCAUCCAUCCAUUUCCUCUGAGGUUAUGACUCUGUGUAUAUGACUCCUGCUGAGGACGGUGGUGUGACUCUCUGUGUUUCCUGUUAACUUCCUGUUACCGCCGUGUCCCGGUCAUCGUUAAUUACCACAGCCACAAAGUCAUAAACCCCACCAAUUUUUCAAUGUAUCUUCUUAAAUUGUGAUUUUAACCCAUAAGAGUCUAAGCCAUUUCUAAGCCGAGGUAGGGGUACUACUAAGCUAUAUGGAAUUGUUUUAAGAAGGUCAUACCAAGGAUUUAGAAUUUUAAGACCCCUUGAAGUAUCGCAAAAAUAUAUAGAAAACAAAUAUUUGAUGAAAAAUUAUUUUUGGCCUCACUGCUAUUAGCCCAUACAAACGCAUUGAAUAACAUAUUCACUACAUGGAACAGAUAGUCCCCCCAAAAAAUCAAAAGGAAGUUUGUUCUGAAGUGUCUGUCCUAUAUCUGAGCGAUAUGAGAAAGAUCAGGAAACAUUUGUCUUUUUUUUUUUUUUUUUUUUACAUGUAUUUAACCCCUUAUUUGUGUCACUAAAGACUCUCCAUAUACAGUUGAAGUCGGAAGUUUACACACACCUUAGCCAAAUACAUUUAAACUCAGUUUUUCACAAUUCCUGACAUUUAAUCCUAGUAAAAAUUCCCUGUUUUAGGUCAGUUAGGAUCACCAAUUUAUUUUAAGAAUGUGAAUUGUCAGAAUAAUAGUAGAGAGAAUGGUUAAUUUCAGAUUUUAUUUCUUUCAUCACCUUCCCAGUGGGUCAGAAGUUUACAUACACUCAAUUAGUAUUUGGCAGCAUUGCCUUUAAAUUGUUUAACUUGGGUCUAACGUUUCGGGAAGCCUUCCACAAGCUUCCCACAAUAAGUUGGGUGAAUUUUGGCCCAUUCCUCCUGACAGAGCUGGUGUAACUGAGUCAGGUUUGUAGGCCUCCUUGCUCGCGCACGCUUUUUCAGUUCUGCCCACAAAUGUUCUAUAGGAUUGACGUCAGGGCUUUGUGAUGGCCACUCCAAUACCUUGACUUUGUUGCCGUUUUGCCACAACUUUGGAAGUAUGCUUGGGGUCAUUGUCCAUUUGGAAGAACCAUUUGUGACCAAACUUCCUGACUGAUGUCUUGAGAUGUUGCUUCAAUGUAUCCACAUAAUUUUCCUUCCUCAUGAUGCCAUCUAUUUUGUGAAGUGCACCAGUCCCUCCUGCAGCAAAGCACCCCCACAGCAUGAUGCUGCCACCCCCGUGCUUCACGGUUGGGAUGGUGUUCUUUGGCUUGCAAGCAACCCCCUUUUUCUUCCAAACAUAACGAUGGUCAUUAUGGCCAAACAGUUCUAUUUUUGUUUCAUCAGACCAGAGGACAUUUCUCCAAAAAGUACAACUUUUGUCCCCAUGUGCAGUUGUCUGGCUUUUUUUAUGGUGGUUUUGGAGCAGUGGCUUCUUCCUUGCUGAGCGGCCUUUCAGGUUAUGUCGAUAUAGGACUCUUUUGACUGUGGAUAUAGAUACAUUUGUCCCUGUUUGCUCCAGCAUCUUCACAAGGUCCUUUGCUGUUGUUCUGGGAUUGAUUUGUACUUUUCGCACCAAAGUACGUUCAUCUCUAGGAGACAGAACGCGUCUCCUUCCUGAGCGGUAUGAUGGCUGUGUGGUCCCACGGUGUUUAUACUUGCAUACUAUUGUUUGUACAGAUGAACGUGGUACCUUCAGGCAUUUGGAAAUUGCUCCCAAGGAUGAACCAGACUUGUGGAGGUCUACAAUUCUUUUUCUGAGGUCUUGGCUGAUUUCAUUUGAUUUUCCCAUGAUGUCAAGCAUAGAUGCACUGAGUUUGAAGGUAGGCCUUGAAAUACAUCCACAGGUACACCUCCAAUGGACUCAAAUGAUGUCAAUUAGCCUAUCAGAAGCUUCUAAUGCCAUGACAUCAUUUUCUGGAAUUUUCCAAGCUGUUUAAAGGCACAGUCAACUCAGUGUAUGUAAACUUCUGACCCACUGGAAUUGUGAUACAGUGAAUUAUAAGUGAAAUAAUCUGUCUGUAAACAAUUGUUGGAAAAAUUACUUGUGUCAUGCACAAAGUAGAUGUCCUAACCGAGUUGCCAAAACUAUAGUUUGUUAACAAGAAAUGUGUGGAGUGGUUGAAAAACUUAGUGUAUGUAAACUUCAGACUUCAACUGUAUGCUUCCAUUAAUAUGUUAAACUGGUACCAGGGGACCUUCAGACGAGUCUUGUGAGGCCUGUGGGUGUCCUAGAGCAAAACAACCGACAUGUACGUGUAUGUGAGAGUCUUACCUUUUCACGAGGAGUCAUAGUGUGUAGCCCAAACUGUUUGGACGCUACAGAAAGAAGUUGGCAGAUCGGCUGUACCGACUUCAGAUGAGUCCAAAGAUGCUGGUAGGGAUUGUAGAGCAAAACGGAGAACACCAUCGUGUUCGUGAGAGUCUCAUCUUUCCACAGAGGGGUCAUAAUAGUUUGUAGGCCAAACCGGACACUGCAGACGAUUUAGUGAGAAGACCGAUUUUCGGGAUAUCUCAUGGUCUGACAAACACCCCUCUAGCUCUGUCACCUCUCACCGCAGAUGUGGAAGUGUUACAUAGGCGGAUGCGGAGGUUUGAGAUGCAUCCAACAGAUAUCUCUAGCAUAAAUUGACAGAUUUUUAUGGGGAUGUUUUAUUAUACUCAUUCGAUUUCCACGGGGGGUGCAAACAUCAACCUUAGGUUUUUUUUAAACGUAACCCUAACCUUAACCACAGUGCUAACCUUAUGCCUAACCCUAACCUUAAAUUAUGACCAAAAAGCAACAACAAAAAAUCUGGAAAUUCUGUGGUAACUAGUGGGAACCCUGACUCCUUAACCAUAUGUUUCCUGUUCCUGUGUGUCUACAAGCUCUCUCUCCAGGAUGUCCUGAGGCCCGCCUCUGACCUCGCCCUUUGGGGGUUCCCCGUCGCCGUGGUGACUGCGCACCACUGGGCCGAGUGGGUCCGUACCAUGAGGGCUGCUGGGAGGGAGCUGGGAAGAGACUUCCUGAUUAAGAACGAGGCGCCCAAACAUGGACAGGUGUUCUCCAACCCUCAUCUGGCCCAAACCUUCCAAGUAACCCUGUCCUUGACUGAGAGGAGCAUCAGUGAUGUCCUACAUUACUCAGAGAGGAGUGUCUGUGUGUGCAUUUCUCACUACCGGGGCAGGCUCAACUCUACUGUGUACAGUAUCGAUCUCUGA